AUGGCUGAAUUCGAGGAGAAGUUCAACGUGGAAGAUGAAGGGCAUAGGGGUUACGCGCAAUUGAUUCAGCGCUUGCGCAAUACAUUACGGGCGAGUUAUUCACACAAUCGUCCCGUGCUUCCCCCUCAGCACAUUCCACCUAACAGAUGGUUCGACAUCGUGCUGCGAACCGGAUCUCACGCGAUCAGGCUCAGGAUCCGGCGGGACAACCUCUACUUGGAUGGCUAUCGAAACGAGAAUUCUGAGCAGUGGUUAGAGUUCGGGAGUAAUCCUUCUCCGCAUCUAAUUGCCGGAUCCACCUUCCUGGGCUUCGAUGGUGACUACGAUGACCUGCAACGUGCUGCGCGACACAGAAUGGAGCGCAUAAACCUUGGCCAGCAGCAACUCAUCACUGCCGUAAACCUGCUCGCUACCCCCACAAGUGGCCAGGAGAGGGCGCGGUCACUGAUCAUCGUGAUCCAGAUGAUAUGCGAAUCGAUUAGAUUCGAGCGUAUCUCUCACCAUUUGGCUACCAGAUUCCGCGAAAGUUCGCCGCCCCCUGACUGGAUGCUGGCACUAGAGCACGGCUGGCAAGACCUCUCCUCCGCAUUGCUGCGCGCCGAUGCCGAUCCCGAGGGUCGCUUCCGACUUCCGCAACCCAAUGCUAUGGGAAUACGGACCGCCGAGCAGGCGGCUGCCGUGCUCGGCAUCUUAUUGGCAUUAUGCACCAGACGCGUAAGGAUUCCGUACAUGGCCGCCACCGUCGACGAUGGACAGUGUCCUCUCGGGCGACCACUGGUGGAGGUGUUCGCGGUGCGCGUCAACGACAUCGACAAAGAGGACCCGGGCGAGCUCUACGGCACGAUCGAAGUCACCGACGGGCUGGGUUCCCAAUACCUCUACACACGGACAAGGUCAAAGGGCCAUUACGAGUCCAUCCACCCGGGCCAGAAUGCUUCGCUCACUGGCCCAGCUCGAGCCAUCUCGGCCUAUGGGAGCUUCACCAUCGAUGUGGCUCUCAUGGAUAGGGACGCUGAUCCGUCUCCGGACGAUGAGGUCAGCCACGGGAAGAUCUCGUGGAACGUUUUCCACACCACCAACGUGUACGACAAGCUCUUAUUCCACGAUGUUGAUGGCAAGUACGGCUCGGUGACGGUGAGCUACGCAGUGUUAAGUGAUGCGGCGCAGGCCACUGUCGAGGUUACGCUCAUAAACGGAGAUGGAGAAGACCCCGCCGAUGUCUAUGGACGGCUUUUCGCUCGCAAUGGCGUGGGUGAAAGUGUGCUCUUCUGGAGGAAGUCGGAUGAGGAUAUAGAGGUAAGUCCUGGGAAGCACAUCCCAUUGUCGAGAUCCGUAGUAGCCGUGCCACUCGAGUCCUCCCUCAUAGUUAGAGCGGAUCUGUAUGAUCGCGACAGGGAUGCUUCUCCCGACGAUGAGAUUGCCAAGGGCACUGCGGAAUUCCCUGCUCAACUCUCCGGUACAUCGCAGAAGCAUAUUUCUGGCCAGUACGGUGAGAUCCGUGUGAAGGUCACUUGGACUACUUGA